GUCAAUCAAAGAAUCCAAGUCUAGAGAAUGAACACGCAGUCGCACACACAAACAACAACAACAACUAGAUCAUGAAGGAAGAAACUAGAACCCCAAACCAUUUAUAAAAAAAAACAAACAAACAAUGAGAGCUUGCCCAACAUUAACUGCAUACGGUCGCCACUAUCUUGCGCCGCCACGAACACUCGUCUCCUUAACAACCUUCACCUCUCUCCACCGCCACAAUUCUGCUCCGUUUCUCAAUCUCAGCCUCUUCACCGCCUUUCGUUCUCCCUUCUCCCGCAUGGAGGUUCGCUUAGUCCCUCCUCUUCUCUCUCUCGCCAUGAAUCUCUACUUCUGUUUUCUCUUAUUAAUCUUCUGUUUGGCUGAAUCUGCUGAGCUAUAUUCUUCUGAUUCGAUUUGUUUGGAGACCGGAACCGGUUCAACCGGAAACAAGGCAAUGGUGGAAAAUCUGAAGCGGUUUGGUGUUAUAUCAUCGAAGAAAGUAGCUGAAGUGAUGGAGGCUUUAGACAGAGGUCUCUUUGUACCAGUUGGAUCUUCAGCUUAUGCUGAUACUCCCUUGCCUAUAGGUUACAACGCCACCAUAUCCGCUCCACAUAUGCACGCCACGUGUUUGCAGCUAUUGGAAGAUAAGCUUCAGCCUGGGAUGCGCGCUUUGGAUGUUGGCUCAGGAACUGGUUACUUGACUGGCUGUUUUGCUCUGAUGGUUGGAGCUGAAGGACGCGUUGUUGGCGUGGAUCAUAUCCCUGAGCUGGUCGAUAUGUCUAUCAAGAACGUUGAAAAGAGUGUUGCUGGUUCUUUGCUACAGAAAGGAUCUCUCUCCUUACAUGUUGGUGAUGGAAGGAAAGGUUGGGAAGAGUUUGCACCAUACGAUGCCAUUCACGUAGGAGCAGCGGCAUCAGAGGUCCCUCUGGCGCUGCUGGACCAGCUGAAACCUGGUGGAAGAAUGGUGAUUCCAGUAGGAACAUAUUUUCAAGAGCUUAAGGUGAUUGAUAAAAGUGAGGAUGGUUCCAUCAAGACACGUACUGAAACUUCAGUUAGGUAUGUGCCUCUUACUAGCCGCGUCGAACAGACGGGAGGGUUUUGAAGAAACCAAGAAAAAUAAAAGCAAUGCUUCCAACGUCUUAGUGUACAUAUAGAGGUUGUGUAUCUUUUGUAAUAUAUUUUGAUGGGUAACAAAGAACAAUAAGUUUAUGAAAGCUUCGGUUUCACAUAA